AAAGGAGAUGUCAUUGGUGCUGCAGAUAUCUCCCUUUUUCUUAGUUCAAAGGAGAUAAUGGAGAUGUGCUCGGGUGAUCAAAUGCUUAGUACAAAGGUUAUGCAAGUCUGGAUAAUGUACUUGCACAAAUUGUGUACUAGAAAGAACAACACACACUUGUAUGGAUUCUUUGACCCUCACGCCAUUCAAGAUGUGGGAAACAAGCGUGAUGAAAUCCAAACCUACAUAUUAACUCACCUCAAGGACAACAAGGACUGCUAUCUAGUUCCAUAUUACUAUCCUAACCACUGGCAGCUAUUCAUAUUCUGUCCUAAGCAAAACAUGAUUGUGUUCUUGUGCUCCUUGGGGAAUAAGCCAAAGACAAAUGUGAAGAGUGUUUUUGAUAUGGCAAUGCAGGCACAUCAAAUUACAAAAAAUAGGAGGAAUUCCAAACCAAGAUGGAUUAAGCCAAUUUGUAGAAUGCAAAGGAGAAGCUAUGAGUCUGGGUAUUAUGUUAUGAGGCAUAUGGAGACUAUAAUAUCUGCAGUUAUUGUUGAUUCAUGGAUUGAGACAUUCAGUGGUCAAGAGUCAUUUAGUCCACUAGACAUUAUCGAGACAAGAGAGCGUUGGGCGUCAUUUGUUUGUGACACCACAAGCAGUUGCAAUUAAAAAAUAUGGUUUUGUUUUGAAGUCUAGAAUGAAGUGUUGGUUUUACUUGAAACUUUGUACUUUUGACUUGCUAGAACUUAUUGAAACUUUGUGUUUUUGCUUGGAGGAACUUGUAAAACUUUGUGGUUUUGGCUUUUGGAUUGAUUGGUGCUACUUGCUAUGUGGAACACUGUAAUUUUGUUACAAUUAUCAAUAUAUUUGGCAUAAUUCUCA